AUGAUGGGCACAUUUGAGCACUCCUCCUGGGUGAGUAUUCUUGGCGGCCAUUCGGCUACUUUUGAAGAGGCGCCACAGAAGCUUCCCACGAAUGUUUCAGUGCCCGCGGUGAUAGCACCUUCGGUGGCCGCUGUUUUGUCUCGACUCACAAAAAAGUUCGACGGCGAUGACUGGAAGAGUCUUGUUGCAUCCAUACCCUUGCUACUCCGCCAGACGUUUGUCUACGAGGCAAGCAUUGCGCUGAAGGUGCGUCCAGAGGCCAUCACGAACGUCCAGUUUCGCCUUGGAAGCCUGUACGUGACCUUCCACGUCACCCACGAUGAAGACAUCAGCCAAGAGGAGAUGGACCGCCGCAUUGAGGAGUACCCGUUCCGUGAGAUGUGGCGCCUGUACAACCAGCGUGACGGCGCACCGGACGGCCUGGAUGCUGCCCUGCAGCGCCUCAAGGAUCUUGAGAUGAAGCUCAACGAUAAGAAUCGCGAGUUGGAGAAGGAGCGCGGUGACAACGAGCAAAAGGUAAACGAGCUCAAGAAGCAACUGCAAGCUCUUCAAGAGGAGAUUGCCGGGCCCAUUGCUGAGCGCGAGCAGGCCUUGCUGCACCAGCUAGGAAAGGAGCAGGGUGCUCGCAAAAAGAUAGAAGCCCAGCUCAAGGCUGCGGAUGACGAGAACAGGAAGUUGUUGGACGCUUUGAAGCAGGAGAAGUUGCGUGCCGAGAAGACCGCGCAGCGCCACAACGAUCUCAUCGCUGCCAUCAUUCAGGAGAACAAGAAAGAAAAAGAGGCGAAGGAGCGCGAGCAUAAUGAGCAGAUAGAGGUGAAGGACUACAUUAUCGAAAACCUCAAGUCUCAGCUGCGCACCCGCACGAACGGAAGCGCGUCGCCGCGCAAUAGCAUUAUCGACGUUGAUCAGUCUGAGGAGUUCAACAAGCUGAUGGAGCGCAUGGAGGACAUGGCCGCGGUGCUGCAGCGUACCCAGGAGUCGGAGAGCCAGGCUCGCGCGCAGGCUCAGCGACUGUCCGAUUUGCUCAAGCAGUCGGAGGAGGCGCGCCAGGCGGAGUCGGUGUCAUACAACAACAAUGUGAUUACUCUGACUCAGCAGGUUCAUUCGUACCGUGACACGAGGAUUGCGGAGGACCACGAACGCCGUGCUAAGGAGAACCGCCAGCUCGGUCGUAGCUCGGUGAGCGAGGCAGUAAAGGAGAACGCGACGAUUGUGCGCCAGUACACCAGCAGCCUUGAGAAUCUUAUCAACUCUCUGCAGGAUCACCUGCAUGCCAUCAGCGAGGAGUACAGCAACUACUUGACAGAGGCGGAGGCGAACGUUUCGAAAGAGCGUCAGAUUCUCGUUGGGCAAGACGAGGAUAGCAAGGCGAUCCGUCAGACCUUUCGUACCAGUUCGAUUGCGCUGCAGAAGAUCUACUGGGGCUCUCGCGAGUCGGAAGCGCAGCAGAUUAUCCAGAACCUCGACGCAGCCGCUUCCAACGCUGAGAAGUCGAGUGCGGCAGUGCGCGUGGUGAUUGCUAUGUUUGAUUCCAAGACACGUGCGUUUAGUGAUCGCAGGAAUUGGAUGGAGCAGCAUCAUAAGAUGAUGUGCGAGCUCUUGAGCUCUCUGCGUGACCUGAACCAGCGAGCCUUUGAACGGCAGCGUGCACUGAUGGACGAGAAGGUAUCCAAGACAUAG